AUGUCGACGACGUACAUACUAGGCUCUAUCAACGAGAGCCGUGGGACAACCUACGACUUCUCAUCAGAAGAUCCCCUCGCCGACAUCCCACCCUCUAAGCCAUCUAUAGCACAUAUCAUAUAUCCCCAUUUAACAUGGUCGACGCUGUGGUUUACGUUACUAUGUUUUUUCGUCGUAUUAAACAUAAAGAAUAUGCCAUUUAUGUGGCAUCUUCGACUCGUCAAUGCUUUCCGUUUUAUCCUACGAACGCAGCGGCCAGCCGUGCCGCUCAAGCCGGCUCACAUCUUCCAGCCAAUCAUCACAUCCUCAACAGCGCAACUCAUGGAGAUCGACUUCAACAUGCACAAAUCUAAUUCGUCCUAUUUCUCGGACGUUGACAUCGCACGAACACACCUAGUUUGCACACUGUUCGCGAAUGGCAUCGAGCAGAUGCGCGGUGGGACCGCUGCAUACACAGGGUCCAAGCAGCCCGUCUUCGGCCUUGCGCUCGGCGCCGUAUCAUGCAACUUUAAACGCGAGCUACGCCCAUACGAAGAGUACGAAAUGUGGUCCAAGAUCCUGACCUGGGACGAGAAAUGGAUCUACAUCGUAACCCACUUCGUCCGCAAGGACGCCGCGAAGCCAAAAAUUUACUCGUUGUAUCCCGAACAGUCUCCGAGCCUGAGUCGACGGAACAGCACUACUACAGCGUCGGAUGAGGACCUACUACGCCGUUCUAGCGACAACGGCGUAUCUAGUAACAGUAAUAGCAAUAGUGACGCGAGUCACGAGGCCAACAAUAACAAUGACAACAGCAACAAGCCAGAGAAACAUAUUUUCGCCACAGCCCUGAGCAAAUGCGUCUUCAAGUCCGGCCGUAAGACCGUGUCACCAGAACUGAUGCUACAGAUGUCCGGCCUAUUACCGUCGGGUAAUGGUGCCGAGGCGAAAGCGUCGUUCGACGAGGCCGCGCUAGAGGAAAUCGAGGCGCAGAGGCGAAGCGGGCUCGAGACCGCGCAGCUCCUCGCCGGCCAGACUCAGCAGAACCUCGAAGCGGAGUUCGCGGGCGCGGGCUGCGAGGCCCUGGGCAGACACACGGACGGCGCAGGCAUAGUUGGGGUAGUCAACACGCUCCUGCAGCUCGCGCGCCUGAAGAAGACACAGUUAUUAUGA